AUGUUAGAUCAAGCCUAUCGUGAAACAAUUGCUGCCGUUGUCAUCUUUUGCAUCUGCGCCAAAUGUAACUUAGAUAAUGCGAAUGAUUGCGUGUUUUUGUCAGCAAAACGUACUUCAAGGGAGGAAAUCUCAAAGAAAGAAGAGAGGGUCCAAUGGGGAAAUGGUCUGGAAUUUCUCAUGUCAUGUAUUGCUAUGUCAGUUGGCUUAGGAAAUAUUUGGAGGUUUCCUUUCAUUGCUAACAGAAAUGGUGGAGGAGCAUUCCUGAUCCCUUAUUUAAUAAUACUGACAUUUAUUGGAAGACCAAUGUAUUACAUGGAAAUGGCACUUGGACAGUUCUCCAGUCGGGGAAGUGUGAAAAUGUAUGAAAAAUUGGCGCCUGUUUUCAAAGGUAUUGGGUAUGGACAAAUCAUUGGUACAACUUCCGUUGCUUCGUAUUACUGUAUUUUGAUGGCGAUAACUCUAUUCUACUUCAUCAACUCCUUCACAUUUUCCUCCGAUUUUCCAUGGGCUACUUGUCACGAUGAAUGGAAGCCUUACACUGAGUCAAGGAAUAUCACUUGCAUCGAUAAACAUACUAAUGUAACGUCUCUGAUGGAGCGUGAAACAAUAAGUUCAUCGGAAUUAUAUUUCAGAAAAGAAGUACUGAAAGAAAUGGAUGAUAUUUCUGAGAGCAUGGGCUUACCAGAAUGGAGACUGUCACUUUUGUUGUUACUUUCAUGGGUGUUAAUAUUUUUUGUAUCAAUAAGAGGAGUGAAGAGUUCUGGAAAAGCGUCAUAUUUCUUGGCGUUGUUCCCAUAUGUUAUCAUGAUUACAUUACUCAUACGAGCUGCAACACUAGAGGGAGCUGUUGAUGGAAUGCUGUACUUCAUCGAAACUGAUUUCAGCAAACUCCUUGAGGCAGAGGUAUGGUACGCAGCUGUUACACAAUGUUUCUUCUCUUUAAACGUAGGAUUUGGAACCAUCAUUAUGUUUUCUUCAUAUAAUAAAAUCGAUCACAAUAUAAAUAG